AUGAUCAAGGCCACUGAUAUCAAUUAUCUAAGAACUUCGUCUAUCAAUAUUGGCAGGUUUAAAAGUUCUCACUCUACAAUAUCAGAUGCACCAUCAAUAAUCGAUAUUAUUAAUGAUGAUAUUGAUUCUACUAUAACAAAAGCACCCCAAGAUCAGUAUAGUUCAUUUAAAAAAUCCAUAGAUCCUGUUAAUGCCAAUGUUGAAGCUGCCCUAUCCUAUAAUAAUAAAGAAUAUCAUACUAUUGAUGCCAACAUUAAAGCUAGUCCAUCCAAUAAUAAUAAAAAAUACGAUACUACUAUUAAAGAUUAUCUAAGUGAUGAGAAGCAAUCUGAUCAUGAGAAUGUUAACAAAAGUGAUAAUGAAAAUGCUACAGAUUUAUCUUAUCAUCUUACUAAUAGUUUAAACAUCCCUUUACGUAUUAUAGAUAUGAAUAGUGAGUUUGAAAAACUUAAUCAAUACCAUAUUGCAUGGCCUCAGCCUACCAGAAAAGAAAUAGCUAAAAAAGCAUUAGCUGAAUUUUGA